UGUAUUUUUGAUAAAGCUCCGAUCGGCGUGUUGAGCUUUUAUUCUUGUCGGCUUUUGCUUUUAUCUGCAUAGAUCGUGCGCUUUCGUUAGCUUCUCUACUGUAAGAAAAUGUUUUCAGUUCGUCUAAGAAAUGCAGCUCCUUUCUUAAGCGCUGGUAUUGCGGCUGGAUCGGCAGUUUUGCUUGGAUAUCACGCUUGUUAUGGCACAGGUAAUGAUACGAACUAUGUUUUCGCUUUCACCGCUUAUGUUUGUUUUGUGAGUAUGAAUGUUUUUUGCAGUAAACAUAGUUAAACAGCUUAGUAAGACAUAAAUUGAGCGUUUUUGAUCGAAAACAAACCAAAAUAGACGCACUGUAGCAAGCUGAAGUGACUGUAAUUUGCAUGUGCUUAAAUAAUCAAAUCGUUCACGCGUUUUCUUUCCCAGACAAUUGUACACAAGCAAAAGCAUUUUAUCAGCAUGUCUGCUUUAGCUCAUGCAUGAAAUUUCAAAUUGUACGUUAAAAAUAAAAUUUUAAUUUCGUUCCUUCAAUCGUAGUAUAUGUAUUUUUACCUAAUCGUGUGUGCCUUAGUAAAGAAAGCGUAGCGUGACUCUGUUGACACUUAGCGCCGGAGUAAGGAACAUCUUGUUCUGACAGUAGUCUAUGUCACGCAAACGGGCCGACUUCUUUCAGUUGUAUAUAACUUCAGUUUGUCAUAUAACUAACUCUUCUACAUGACCUCAUACGUUUUAUGUCUUUCCACUAUUCGACGAACUGCCAUUACCUAAAUCUUUGAUUAACUUUGUCUUUCAUUUAACUGAACACGUGCUUGGAUUAUACUGAAGUGCAAAUGGCAAAGUCGAACUGCUCUCCAAUAUGAGCAACAAUGAAUUCUGUGUUUUCUGAGACACUGUGUUUCGCUAAGAGCGAUUUCCUUAACAAGCACACGACUGUAUCCUUCAGUUUGGAAUUGUAUGGUGUUGUUUACAAUUUUAUAAUAUCAAAUACUCAAUUUUAAUUACCAUAUUUCUUUACCUUUACCUGAUAGAUUGAUUUUCUCAGUAGUGUCAAUGAUAUUUUUUCCUUCUAAUUCAAAAGCUGUCCAUGCUCGAGAUGAAAACGUUAAAAGUCUAAAGGACACCCAUGUAGUUGUGGUGGGCGGUGGAUAUGGUGGAAUUGCUGCCGCGAAAAAAUUGAAGGAUCAAUGCAAAGUGACAUUAAUCGACGCCAGAGAUGCCUUUCAUCAUAACAUGGGUGCUCAGAGAUCUUCUGUGCAGGAAGGUAGGCUUUAUUAAUCAUAGCUCAAAUACAAAUUACUAAGAUGAAGAUAACUGCUGGUCUCUGAGGAGCUUCUUAUUAAAACUCGAGCAUGCAUACGUCGAGCUAUGCAAUCUGGUUGGUUCUUCUUUAUCCUUCGCCAUCCACUCAUCACAUUAUUUCAUCAUUGCCUCAUUUAUUUUUGGUUUUUUCUUUUUUGCCGAGUUGUUUUUUGUGGUCUCCCCUAAAAUGAUGGAAGUGAAACAAAUACGUUAUAUGGACAGGAGAACAGACUUCAGCUUCGUGGAGAGGACUAGUUUUUAAGUUGUAUAAAAUCGGAACAGAGACCAAAACGAUGGAAGAGAAAUUUAGGAUUGAGUAAAGAUUUAAAAGGCAAUGAAAACAAUUCCCUUGAAAAAUUUGAUUUUACUGUAUCAUAAAAACAUCAAUGUGGUAUUUUACUAUUUCCGUCCAUAUGUUUUUCUUAAAUAUAAUUACGCAAUGCAUUUAAUUUUACAGCAGUAUAAUGAUGAGUGAUUCCGUUUACCAACAGUGAGAUGGAUUACUUGUCUCAUGACUCAGUAAGGACAGAUUACUUUUAGACAGAUCACGCGUAUUUGUAAAACAUUGCUUCAACACAGGGUUUGCCAAAAAGUGUUUCAUUCCCUACGGACCAACAUUUGGCAAAAGCUUCAAGCAAGGGAAAGUCGUUGAUAUUGAUCUAUCCAAGAAGACGAUAAUGCUGGAAACUAGAGAGAAAAUUGCUUAUGAUGACCUCGUACUUGCAACUGGCACCGGUGGCCCAUUUCCUGCAAAAAUUCCUUUGGAUACAAACAAGGAUAAAGCCAUUCAGCGUUACGAGAAGUAUACCAAGCUAGUAAGUGUUACCACGAGAGAAUGAAGCUCAGAGGAUGCGGAAUGUCCGAUUUAGGCCUUAUUGCUAUAUACUGCUUGUUUGAAAAGGAAGUCAAAGAUAUAAGGAUGAACAAGAUUAGUGGGGAUUGCAACUUUUGAACAUUCAAAGUUAAAUCAAGAUGCACAGUAUAGUCAGUCCUUACCUUCUAAGCUUCAAUCCUCGUAUAUUCUUUGCUGCUAUUCAGGUAAAAGACGCCAUGAAGAUCGGGGUUGUAGGUGGGGGAGCUGUUGGAGUGGAAAUAGCUGGAGACAUCAUGGAGGAUUACAAAGACAAGGCCGAUGUGUAUCUCAUACAUCCCAGGGAAAAUCUAGUCAAUGAUGAAGUUAACGAGACCUUUCAGUCCACGAUCAAGGCAAAGCUUGAAAGUUUAGGGGUCACCAUGUUUCUUGGUAUGUCGCUGCUACAUUUAUGCUAUACAGUUUGUUUAUAUUAACUCUCUCAGUCUUUUCCUACUCGAUCUUACAAAGAAUAAAAAAUGAAAAUAACAACACUCACAAAAACGUUGCAAGAAUGUAGGGGACAGGGAACUUAGGCAGUGUGUGUCUACCCUUGUCUGUCUAUGCCGUUCUGCCUCUCAGCCUCUGUCUAAUGUCUUUCUGUUUGCCAGUCUGUCUAUCUGUCCGCUCUUCUGUCUGCCUGCCUGUCUAACAACCUGUCAGUCAGUUAAUCUAUCUGUAAGGUCUAUUCGUCUGUCUGUCUAUAAAGCUGGUUGGUGGCUGACUGGCUAGCUCAAUGACAGCUUACCUGUCAACUCGUCUGCUUAAUAUUAAUGAGUUGGAUACUUCUUCUUGGUUCUAGCAAACAUGAUUUAUCUUUUGCCAUGUAGGGGAGCGAGUGAUGAAUAUGGACGAAAUAAAAGAAAAGGGAUAUCAAAACGUCAUGCUAGUCACCGAUAAAGGGAGGCAAAUGAAAGUAGACCUGGUCAUUCCUUGCACUGGUCUAAAAGUGAACACCGAAGCUUACAGGAAAAGUCUAGGUCAGUCUUAUUUUAUUGGCGAAUAUUGGUGAACUGAUAACGUCCGCAAUUGACUUAAGAAGGAACUCAUGUACAUGUAGUGGAAGACCACGAGGUUAACCGGUCGUGAUCAAUAUAACAGAACAGUAUACGUGAUUCAUUCGAUCGUGUAGUCUGAUUAUCCGAGGACAGUUGUUGGUGACAGACUCUGACGUACGUUUCGGCGACUUAACAGGACUCUAGAUGUUUCUAUGAUGAUUUGUGCUCAGGUUGUAAAAACGCCAGUUACUGUACUCCACUGCAUUUAACUGGACAAAAACACCACAUGACUAGAUGAAGCUCUUGUAAAUGGAUACACACACUGGGGAUUAAACGCAAUAAAUAAGUGAAUAAGGCCAAAAUACUUUGCCUUUGAUUACAGGAGAUAAAAUGAAUCGACUUGGUCGUCUAAAUGUCGAUGACUUUCUCCAAGUGAAAGAUGUUCCGGAUGUGUACGCGAUCGGGGACUGUAACGAUGUUCCAGAGAUCAAGCUGGCGUAUGGAGCUGAGACACAAGGAAAGUACAUUGCUGACAACCUAAAGCUCAAACAUGAGGGGAAAGCGAUGAAACCUUACAACGUUAACAGUAAGUAUUCGGCAUCAAUGUGACGUAAUCGUUCUGCGGGGGGAUGAAAAAUUUGGCAAUUAGAUGUUGACCUUUUUUAAAUGGAUUACAAAGUAAUGGUCAUAAAAAAUUUGGAUUGUACUUAAGCGAGGUGUAAAAACUUAAAGAUAUACUGGGUCAAUAGAUUACUACCAUUCUCUGUCAUCAUGCAAAUACGCUGUUUACAGUUUUGCAAUUGAUCGAGCCAUAUUCAUUGUCUAAGGCACAAAUGAUAGUUUGAACAAUAAUGAAAAAAAUUCAUAAAAACACAAACCGGCCUGGUUUUUCCUUCUAGCUAGGUUGAAGGUCGAACAUUUAGAAAUUACUCAGAAUGUCUAUUAUUCGUUCCUCACUCUAGAGAGUGUAUUCAUGGUGCUGUGCUGCGGACGAUCAGGGGGUGCCGCCCAAGUGUGGAGGGGCUGGGUGUUUGGAGAUUGGUUUGCGUCUAAGAUCAAAGGUCAAAGCGUGUUCACUCCGAUGCAAUGGAAAAAUAUGGGGCAGAAAAUGCCUGAAGAUUAAAUUUUUCAUUUUCGUUUGGCCAUGGUUGAAACUCUUAAUAGAUAUAGACUCUCAUAUUAUGACACGUCUUCUUGCAGUAAUUAUUCAUUGCUAAGAUAUUUUUCUGGUUGUGUUACACAGUCU